UAAAAAAUUAUGUCUGAUGUUACGAUUGUGGAUAUAAAAUCAACACAGAUUAAACAAGAAAGUUUAAAUGUAAAUAAUCUGUUAAUUAAAGAAGAAAAAAUUGAUAUGGAAUCUUCAACAAUUAAAGAAGAGUGCAUUGACGUGGAUUAUCCAACGAUUAAAGAAGAAAACUUCAGUGAAAUGUUAGAACUUUAUUCAUGUGAUUUCUGUGACGAAAUAUUUACAACUGAAGACGAUUUGUUUACACAUAGACGUAUUCAUACCGGAGUAAAACCAUUUGUCUGUGAAGUUUGUGAUAAAACUUUUGAUCGUCCAAGUUCCUUAGAACGCCAUCAACGUAUUCAUACUGGAGAAAAACCUUUUGUAUGUGAUAUUUGUGAUAAAAGUUUCAGCCUUCGGCAUCAUUUAGUUGAUCAUCAACGAACCCAUACCGGUGAAAAACCUUUUGCAUGUGAUUCUUGUGAUAAAACAUUUUCGAACUCAAGCAGCUUGAUUCGACAUAAAAAGAUUCACACUGGGGAAAAUUCAUCAAAUAAAAAUCGUUUUUCAUGUAAUUUGUGUGAUAAAACAUUUAAUCAUCGUAACAGUUUUGUUUAUCAUAGACGCUUUCAUGCGGGUGAAAAAUUAUUUACAUGUGAAGUGUGUAAAAAAGUUUUUGAUCGGCCAAGUAAUUUAGAACGGCAUGAACGCAUUCAUUCUGGAAAGAAACCCUUCACCUGUGAUGUUUGUAAUAAAUCGUUUAGUUUACAACACCAUUUAACCGAUCAUAAACGAACUCAUAGUGGAGAAAAGCCAUUUUCUUGUGAGCUUUGUUAUAAAACCUUUUCGAGCUCAAGUAGUUUACAUCGACAUAAACGAGCUCAUCAGGAGGGUGAAGAAAAACCAUUUGGAGAAAUUAAGGUUCGAACUAAACAAGUUGAAAAAUCAUUUACGUGUGAGAUUUGUGAUAAAAGUUUCGAUCGACCAAGUAAUUUAGAACGUCAUGCGAGAAUUCAUACCGGAGUAAAACCAUAUUCAUGUGAAGUUUGUGAAAAAACAUUUUCCCUUCGACAUCAUUUAAUAGUACACACCCGAACUCAUACUGGUGAAAAACCGUAUUCUUGUAAUUUUUGUAGCCAAGAUUUCUCAAGUUCAAGUAGUUUAAACCGACAUCAACAGAUUCAUAAUGCGGAAAAAUUAUCUACAAAUGAUAUUUCUGAUUUAUCCGAAUUCGGCAAUUUUAAUGAAAAUUCGGGAGAAAAACUGUUUUCAUGUGAUGAAUGUGGAAAAUCUUUCACUCAGCUAAAUUAUUUGGAUAAACACAAAAAAAUUCACUACGAAGAAAAACCAUUUUCAUGUGAUGUUUGUGAGAGAAGCUUUAAGGAUUCAAACAAUUUAGAUAAACAUAAGCUCGUUCAUAGUGGGGAAAAAUCAUUUUCGUGUGAUUUAUGCGAUAAAGCUUAUUUCAAUUCAAGUGCCUUAGCUUUACAUAAACGAACCCACACGGGUGAAAAACCAUUCGCUUGUGAUGUUUGUGGAAAAUCGUUUAGUUUAUAUCACUAUUUAAGUUUGCACUUUCGAGUUCAUACAAGGAAAAAAUCUUUGUGAAAAACAGUUUGCUCGACGAACCCAAAACACGAGUAAAAAAACUGUUCCUGUGAUAUUUGUAUGGUUUAUCUUUCAACACUUUUCGA